AUGGUCGCCAUGAAAUCUACUACCCUUGCCACUGUGGCCUUUCUUGCCGGGGCUGCACAGGCUGGCGCGCCCGUCCACUACAUCACUUCCUAUGGAGACGGAGGGCUCUAUCGCUACCGCGUUGAAUGCAACGCAUACCGCGACUCGUACUGCCAGGAAUUCGUCCAUGCCUUGAACUCUGCUGCUUGCGGCAGCUUCCAGCACAAUUGGCAGGCAUAUCAGUCCGGCAGCGAUUACGUCUUCGAUGUCAGCGUUAUUGCCGGAUCUGGUGGGGCUGCUUCCAUCACUUGUGCCAUCAACUCAGUCACUGGACAGGGGGCUUACGUCAUCCCAUUAGGAACGUGUGCGCAUCGAAUUCCCAGUCUGCCGCGCGAGUCGUUUGCUCAUUUUCUGAACAAGACUUCACCCGAGGAUGAUAUAUCUUGCGAGCAGUUUGAAAGCGAUUUGAUCAUGCUGACGGCAGAUUCGCCGCGCUGGCAACACGCCGCGCAAAACAUCGUUUUGAUUGUCCUCAGCAUUGCAUUUCAGCCAUUGGAUCUCGUCCUUCUAUUCCUGGCCUACACAUGGAGCACACUCUCAAGAAUACAAAAUGAUUUUUCACAAACGCAAAAGCCUCACGCGGUCCCGUCUGAACCAUGCACCAUCCUCGUAACGGGGGUCAGUAUGACCAAAGGAUUGACGCUGGCGAGAGUGUUUCACCGAGCAGGACAUCGUGUGAUCGGCGCAGACUCCAGUUCAGAAGCAUGUGGCGGUAUGUCGAAUUGUGUAGACGUGUUCUACCAACUGAAAGCGCCUACCGUCGAUCAGGGUGCCACCGCCUACAUCGAAAGCCUACUUGACAUUAUCCUCAAGGAGAAGGUAGACCUUUGGGUAUCCUGCUCAGGCGUUGCUUCGGCUGCGGAGGAUGGUGAGGCUAUGGAGAUCAUCGAAGCCCGAAGCAAAUGCCGCGCCGUUCAAUUCAAUCUCGAGAUGACGAAGACUCUUCAUGAGAAAGGCACCUUUAUUGAAUAUGUACGCAAGCUGGGUCUCACAGUGCCUGAAACGCAUAUCGUCACCAGUAGUUCGGCCGCGGAAGGCAUUCUCCGAGAUGCGCCAUCAGGAAGAAAGUUCAUCAUGAAGCCCAUUGGUGUCGAUGAUUCAAAGCGGGCAGAUAUGACUCCGCUACCCAAGGAUUCACCAGAGCAGACCAGCAAGCAUCUCGCAAGACUUGGUCUUGCAGAGAGCUCUCCGUUCAUCAUACAGCAGUUCAUCCAAGGGCCCGAGUUCUGUACACAUGCUCUGGUAGUACGUGGUGAGGUCAAGGUCUUUGUCGCCUGUCCUUCUGCCGAGCUGUUGAUGCACUAUGAAGCGCUCCCGCCGAAUUCGCCUUUGAGCAAAGCCAUGCUCAACUUCACCAAGAAGCUGGCGUUGAAUAGCGGAAAAGACUUUACUGGGCAUUUGUCGUUCGACUUCCUCAUCGAGGACACAACGCCUGCCGAUCCCGAUGAUAUCACUCUGUACCCCAUCGAAUGCAAUCCCCGCGCCCAUACAGCUGUGGUCCUCUUCAGCCAGACAAUCGAUAUGGCAGCUGCAUAUCUCAAUGUCCUUCCCGGUCGGAAAGAGGCGACCGAUUCGAAUCAAAUCGUCGUGCCGUUUCGUCCUCGAAAAUACUAUUGGAUCGGGCAUGAUCUUUUAGGUUUGGUCGCCACUAAUUGCACGAGGGCGAAGAUCUCCGAAGUUUGGGAACACGUAUCUCUCUGGCACGAUGGGACAUUUGAGUUCGCAGAUCCAUUACCUUGGUUCUGGCUUUAUCAUAUCUACUGGCCAUCGCGCUUUCUGGAAUGCUUGACCUCUGGCACGAAAUGGUCCAGGAUCAAUGUCAGCACCGGAAAGAUAUUCGAGUGCUGA